CAGAACGUGGUUUGGCGUCAAGUAGGAAGACAGCUCAGUCAUCGACUUCGAAAACAAUGUGGACGCAUGAGUUAAUGUCACCUGGAAGUUAGCAAAUCGUGCGUUUUUAUUGGUAGGUUGGUUCCUUUCUUAGCUGUACACCUGAGGCGAGGCAAUUGCUUCGUUUUCUACAGCCUUGUUCCAGUCUUGGUUUUGAGUAGCAGUAGCUGUAAAGAUGCAAAAUAUAUUUAGAUACCGUCUGCAUUGUCCUGUUUGAUUAUUUCGGCGUAUAGAAAAUUGCAUAUAACAGUAAUGACAAAUGCACCAGAGACUGGAAGUGAAAUUUUCAUCUGCAUAGCAUAUGCAUUUUCAUCUAGCAAAAUAAUUAACCCAUGCUCAAUACAUCAAGAAGAACACCUGCUACUUUCAACUACCCGUACAGUUGUUAUCACAUAACGAGGAGUGUUUUCAUAUCUUGUAUUCUGAGAUUGGUAAAUGUAUGCCGCUAGAUAAAACUUCUGGCAGCAGCUGCUUUUUUAUAUUAUGCUUGAGCGGCAAAUGAUGAUUUUGGUGAGAAUAGAGUAAGAACUUUAUGCUUACUGGAUUUAGCGAAAAUUUUAUGAAUACUGUGUUCUGAAAAUAUGAAGAGAUUCUAAUUUUCUUCCCUAAAUAAAUAUUUAUAAACGAAUAUAAUCUGCGGUAGGCUAACUUAAGGACCUGCAUUUGAAAUUGCAUUUAGAAUACAGCUACAUAGUUGAAAAGAAAACUAGAUUUAUUUUAUCUGUGAUAAAAAAAUUCAAAAUGCAUAUCAUCAGUGCUCAAUUAAUGAGUCUAACUUGUAUAUUUUUAAGUAUGGUCACCGUCUUUCUGUUGCCGUAUUGGUGGUUAGGUCGUAAACCAGAGACCUUUGUAGGUUCUCGUUACCAAAUGGCAAUCAGCUUGGCGAACUGCUUAUCUGGAGGAGUUUUUAUGGCAACAUUUUUUGUCGGUUUGAUGCCUGAAGUUAGAAGCAUGUUUGUAGAUGUAUUUGAAGCAUAUAAAAUUACAUCAGACUUCCCAAUCUCUGAAUUUGUGAUAUUUAUAGGUUUUCUUUUAGCUCUGGGUAUUGAACAAUGCGUCUUGGAAUAUAAAGAAAAAAAUGCAACUUAUACCUCUCUUCCAUCAGGAAGUAGCGAUGGAAGUAACAAAAUUGAUCUAAAUUCAUCUCAGACAUCAUGUGCCUUGAAGGACGUGUGCGACGUGUCUGCUGUGGACUGCGAUAGUGACAAUGCUCAAAAAGCAGCUUCUGUUAAAGUGUCAAGCAGCAGAUCUGACAGUGAAUCUUUAGUGAGUUCACCAGAAAAAUUUCAUAGUCACAGUAAUCAUAGUCACAGUAAUCAUGGUCACAGCCACGACAUAGGAGAAAUUAUGCAAGGUGAAACGGGAAUCCGUUUGGGUAUGCUUUUGGUGUCUUUAGGAGUACAUUCUUUGUUCGAGGGACUAGCCGUUGGCUUGCAGACGUCAGUUCCAACUCUAGUGAAUUUAGUAGUUGGAGUAGCUGUUCAUGAGCUUCUUGUUGCGUUCGCUAUGGGAGUGAAUGUAUCCCGAUUACAUUUACCUGCUUCUACGGCCUUGAAGCUAGCCGUCUUGUUCUCAGCCUCUAUUCCUGUUGGUCAGUUGCUGGGAUUACUAAUCGGGCAUUACCAAUCAACUACUGCUCUGGCAGUCAGUGCAACUCUUCAAGGUUUAGCAGCUGGAACAUUCAUUCAUGUAACUUUCCUGGAAGUAAUUCCUGCCGAAUUUAAUGAAACUGGACCACGGUUAUUGAAAGUACUCUUCCUAGGAUUUGGCUUCAUGUUACUGUUAUUCUGUAGUGUUUUGAUACACGGUGUAGGACAUCACCAUCACUGAGACCAUUUGUUCGUUUACUGAGACCAAAUUUUCUUGUAUCUUUCAUAUUAGCUCAUCAACUGUAUUAGUGUUUUUAAAGGAAUUAUUCAAUUAAGAUUAUGGAAAUAAAUGAAAAUUUCAGUUCAGUUCAUAUUUGUAUAUAUAUAUUUGUGAUUUGCCAUCGUUGAUAUUUAAAAAUAUAUUAUUACAGAAUAAAACUUGGUAUGUUGUAUUCUUAAA